CGGAGGAGGGUGUGCAAGGGUGAAUAAGUAGUGUGGGUUUUGAGUGAAUUGUGUAAAAACAAAAGCGUUGCUCCUGCAGUGCAGCAGCAAGUCAGGAACGUCGGUCGUUAGUUGGCGUAGCACAUCACUCGAUGGCGCUGUGUAGUAGACGUCGAGACGCCGGUCGCCGGACGUAGAGUUUGUUAGCCGCCGAUGCUAUGCGGGGUGAGGUUCAAAUCAAAUACACGACUAGAUAUGUUCGCGUGAUAAACUAACAUAAUUGUGUUCAGAAAAAUUCAAUUUAAUUUCGGUCCCCGCGUCCGCUGUAAUGUCAGUGAUGCCGAUAUGGAGCGCAAAUGUGCUUUAGAAACAUCUCCAACUAACCAAAUCCCUCUUUGUUAUGGAUCCGACACUGUAUUGCCCCGGACUGCAGUAUGAGCUUCGAGAGUCCGCCGAUAACCGUCUGUGGUCCGUGCAACCGCCAUAUACAGGUUGCGCAUGGCAAGGGCCGAUUAGUGCGACAGCGACCGCAAUGAGCACUGUGGGGGCGGGCGUGACGAGCCCGGGACAAACGGGGGCCCGCACAACGACUGCCCCCAGGCGGCCUAUGCGCCGCGGCGGCAAGCCGCCCCCGGAUAGACCGCAACGCGCCCUCUUCUGUCUUUACCUCAAGAACCCCAUCAGGAAACUCUGCAUUGACGUCGUCGAGUGGAAACCUUUUGAAUAUUUAAUUUUACUUACAAUUUUCGCGAACUGUGUUGCCUUAGCUGUUUACACACCUUUCCCCAAUGGUGACUCAAACGUAACAAAUGGGAUUUUGGAAAAGAUUGAAUAUAUAUUUUUAGUAAUUUUCACGGUUGAAUGUAUAAUGAAGAUAAUUGCUUAUGGUUUUUUGAUGCAUCAAGGUGCUUACCUUCGGAAUGGAUGGAACUUACUAGAUUUUACAAUUGUAGUAAUAGGUAUGAUAAGUACUGCAUUAUCAACACUUAUAGGAGAUAGUUUUGACGUUAAAGCUCUAAGAGCCUUUAGAGUUCUACGACCUUUAAGGCUCGUUUCUGGUGUUCCCAGUCUACAAGUUGUAUUGAACUCGAUUCUUCGUGCCAUGGUGCCUUUAUUACAUAUUGCUCUGUUAGUAUUGUUUGUUAUAAUAAUUUACGCGAUUAUUGGUUUAGAAUUAUUCUCAGGAAAAAUGCAUAAUACUUGUUGGAAUGAAAAAAAAGAAGCAUUUAUGGACGAGCCUCAUCCUUGUGGUGCUAAUGGCUUUAAUUGUACAGAACAUGAUAGUGAUAUGGUCUGUUCAGAAUUUGUACCAGGUAUUAAUAACACUUGGGAAGGACCUAACUCUGGAAUAACCAACUUUGAUAACUUUGGCUUAUCGAUGUUGACUGUAUUCCAGUGUAUAACACUUGAAGGCUGGACCGAUGUGCUUUAUAAUAUUCAAGAUGCAAUGGGCAGAACAUGGCAAUGGUCAUAUUUUGUUUCCAUGGUUAUUUUGGGUGCAUUUUUCGUAAUGAAUUUAAUUCUCGGUGUCUUGAGCGGUGAGUUUUCCAAAGAAAGAGAGAAAGCUAAAGCUAGAGGCGAUUUCCAUAAAUUGCGAGAGAAACAACAGAUUGAGGAAGACUUAAAAGGAUAUCUAGACUGGAUAACUCAAGCUGAAGAUAUUGAACCAGAAGGAGAGGACCAAUCGAACCAAGACGCUAGAAAUAAUCCAGCUAACGAAAUGGAAUCCACGGACCAGUUAGGUGAAGAAGAAAUCCAACAAGAAUCAUGGUUUAAAAAACGAAAAAAGGAUUUCGAAAGAAUUAAUCGCAGGAUGCGUAGAUCCUGUCGAAAAGCUGUUAAAUCUCAAACCUUUUAUUGGCUCAUUAUUGUAUUAGUAUUUUUAAAUACAGGUGUUUUGGCAACGGAACACUAUAAUCAGCCGCUGUGGUUAGAUCGUUUUCAAGAAUAUACAAAUAUGUUUUUCAUUGCUCUUUUCACAAUGGAAAUGUUGUUGAAAUUGUACAGUUUAGGUUUUCAAGGUUAUUUUGUAUCGUUAUUUAACCGUUUCGAUUGUUUUGUUGUUAUUGGAAGUAUAUCAGAGAUGAUUUUAACGCAUACAAAUGUUAUGCCUCCGUUAGGUAUAUCUGUAUUACGUUGUGUUAGAUUACUUAGAGUGUUCAAAGUGACCAAAUAUUGGCGAUCGCUGUCGAAUUUAGUCGCCUCGUUGUUAAACUCAAUACAAUCAAUAGCGUCUCUAUUACUUUUGCUGUUCUUAUUUAUUGUUAUUUUUGCUUUACUCGGUAUGCAAGUUUUUGGUGGACGAUUUAAUUUUAAUGAUACUCAGGAUAAACCGAGGUCCAAUUUUGAUAGCUUUUGGCAAAGCCUACUUACUGUAUUUCAAAUAUUAACAGGUGAAGAUUGGAAUGCAGUGAUGUAUACCGGUAUUGCUGCGUACGGAGGAGUUCAUGGUUUUGGCGUUCUAGCUUGCAUAUACUUUAUAAUCCUGUUUAUAUGCGGUAACUAUAUACUGCUUAAUGUCUUCUUGGCUAUCGCCGUGGACAACUUAGCAGAUGCGGAGUCACUGACUGCGAUCGAAAAGGAGGAAGAGGAAGAAGCGCAAAACAAGUCGAAAAGCCCUACGCCCCACGAGGAAGAAAACGUCGAAGAAGAGGAAGAAGAGGAGCACAGUGUGGAAGAAGAGGAAACGGAAGAGGAUGGUCAAUACGAUGGUGAAAGAUCGGAGCACGAUGAAGAGGCGGAAUCGCAAACGAAGAUGACGCUGGACAACGAGGAGGAAUACGAAGAGGAGCAAAACAGUCAGGAUGGGGACGAGGCUGAAAACGGUAGCAGAGUCGGUGCACGUCCUCGUCGCAUGUCCGAAAUAAAAUCGAAUUCACAGAAAUUGCCUAUUCCUCCAGCAUCAUCUUUCUUCAUUUUUUCUCCUACGAACAGGUUCCGGAUCUUCUGCCACUGGCUGUGCAAUCAUAGCGUCUUCGGGAACGUCAUUCUCGUGUGUAUUAUGGUUUCAUCGGCACUUCUGGCCUUGGAGGAUCCUAUUCCUGCACCAGGUUCGGAAAUGGGCAAUAUUUUGAAGAUAUUCGAUUACGUUUUUACGGCAAUAUUCUCAGCGGAGUUGCUUCUAAAGACAAUUUCCUACGGAUGCAUCCUGCACGACGGUGCCUUCUUGCGGUCGGCCUUCAACGUGCUAGACUUAGUAGUCGUGUGCGUGUCAAUUGUGUCAAUAUACAGUCAAGGAGCGAUGUCAGUGGUGAAGAUUCUGAGGGUGUUGCGCGUUCUUCGCCCAUUGAGAGCAAUCAAUAGGGCUAAGGGAUUAAAGCAUGUAGUCCAGUGUGUGAUAGUUGCGGUAAAGACCAUCGGCAACAUAGUGCUGGUCACCUGCCUCCUUCAAUUCAUGUUCGCGGUAAUAGGAGUCCAAUUGUUCAAGUAUGUAGUCAAAUGCGUGAUAGUAGCCAUUAAGACGAUCGGCAAUAUCAUGCUGGUUACCUACCUCCUGCAGUUCAUGUUCGCUGUGAUAGGAGUGCAGCUAUUUAAGGGAAAAUUUUCUUCGUGUACUGAUCGUUCCAAAUUGACAGCAUCUGAAUGCAACGGGACCUACUUAAUUUAUUUAGAAGGCGACAUAAAUAAACCAGAAAUGAAAGAACGUAACUGGGAACCCAAUCCUUUUCAUUUCGACAACGUAGCUAAGGCCAUGUUGACCCUCUUCACCGUGUCCACUUUUGAAGGAUGGCCGGCGUUACUAUACGUUUCAAUUGACUCAAACGAUGAGAAUCGUGGACUUAUUCAUAACUACCGCCCCAUUGUCGCUGCAUAUUACAUAAUUUACAUCAUCAUCAUUGCCUUUUUUAUGGUUAACAUCUUCGUUGGUUUCGUUAUCGUUACAUUCCAAAAUGAAGGAGAGCAAGAGUAUAAAAAUUGCGAAUUGGACAAAAACCAACGUAACUGCAUAGAAUUUGCGUUAAAAGCAAAACCUGUCCGAAGAUACAUUCCCAAACAUCGCAUUCAGUACAAAGUAUGGUGGUUCGUAACGUCUAGGCCUUUCGAAUACGCCAUAUUUAUGCUAAUCUUAACAAACACAAUCACUCUUGCGAUGAGAUUUCAUGGGCAGGACAAAACCUACGAAUCCGUUUUGGACACCCUCAAUAUGAUAUUCACAGCUAUUUUUGCAAUGGAAUUCGUGUUUAAGCUGGCAGCUUUUAGAAUUAAGAAUUAUUUCGGGGACGCUUGGAACGUUUUUGAUUUUAUCAUUGUUUUGGGAAGUUUUAUUGAUAUUGUUUAUCAAGACGUAAACCCUGGUGGAACAAAACUUCAAAUUUCAAGUAACUUCUUCAGACUCUUUCGAGUAAUGAGACUUAUAAAACUUCUUAAUAAAGGCGAAGGCAUUAGAACUUUACUUUGGACGUUUCUCAAGUCUUUUCAAGCCCUACCUUACGUUGCUCUCCUUAUCGUCAUGCUGUUUUUCAUAUAUGCUGUAAUAGGAAUGCAGAUGUUUGGAAAAAUCGAAAAUGUUGACUCUGACACGCAUAUAAACCGCAACAAUAACUUCGGGUCGUUUUUUCAAGCAGUUUUAGUUUUAUUCAGAUCAGCAACAGGUGAAGGCUGGCAAGAGAUUAUGUUGGCUUGUGCCGAUACUGAAAACGCUAAAUGUGAUAGCAGAGUCGAAUUAAAACAGGGCGAUAGCCCUUACUGUGGCUCCGACAUAGCGUAUCCAUAUUUUAUAUCGUUUUACGUUUUGUGUUCAUUUUUGAUUAUUAAUUUAUUCGUAGCAGUUAUUAUGGAUAAUUUUGACUACUUGACCCGAGACUGGUCGAUCUUAGGGCCACACCAUUUAGACGAAUUUAUUCGAUUGUGGAGCGAAUACGACCCAGACGCAAAAGGCAGGAUAAAGCACCUGGACGUGGUGACUCUUCUUCGCAAAAUCUCUCCUCCGUUGGGUUUUGGCAAAUUAUGUCCUCAUCGUGUCGCUUGCAAACGCUUGGUUUCCAUGAAUAUGCCGUUAAAUAGUGACGGCACCGUUCUUUUUAACGCAACACUUUUCGCUGUCGUUCGCACUUCACUUCGGAUCAAAACAGAAGGAAAUAUUGACGAUGCCAAUGCAGAAUUGCGUGCAGUGAUCAAGAAGAUUUGGAAACGAACGAAUCCGAAACUGCUAGACCAGGUCGUACCUCCGCCCGGAGUCGACGACGAAGUCACCGUUGGGAAAUUCUACGCGACGUUCCUCAUUCAGGACUAUUUCCGACGAUUCAAAAAACGCAAAGAGCAAGAAUUGAAAGAAGGCGAUACGGAAACACACAACACGGUCACGCUACAGGCCGGCUUACGAACACUUCACGAGGCUGGACCGGAACUGAAACGUGCCAUUUCAGGCAAUCUUGACGAACUCGUUGAUGACAAUCCCGAACCGAUGCAUCGGAGAAAUCAUUCCCUCUUCGGUAGUGUUUGGUCUUCUAUGCGGAGAGGACAUAGUUUUAAUCGAGCUAAAUCUCUCAAAGCAAAUUCAACCCAAAUUAAAAUUACUCCGGCUUCCAGCGUUGAUUAUCUUCCUUACAACUCUAUUCACAGGACUGUUACAGAAGGGAUGAAUCAUAUUACGUCAAUGACGAAAAGUGUUGUGCAAAACCGGGCUAGUGCCACGUCUUUACACAACCAAGAAGGCCUCAAAGACGAAGAAAUCCCUCUGCGGUCGCUUAGCAAUCUCCAUAAUGGAGAUACCGAGAAAAACUUCCAAGUUAUCGAUCUGCAGGGUGACCACACUGAGCUGAUGCCUCCGACUCCUCCGCCGCGGCGCGUUCGUCUGGGCCUGGGCGCCCUGGGAAACCUUGGGGGCGGUUGCAUGACUGCCACGCCAUCGCCUGUGCAACACGCACCGAGCUUUAGUCGCAUAGCAAGCGGCCUGAAACUCGCACAAGCACAAGCUAUGGCAGUUGCAGGCUUCUUGCCGGAGCCGUUGCCCUACGAGUGUAGCGUCCUCGGCGCUCCCGGCUCGCUCCAACCCUUCACCUCGGAUUCGGAAGGGGACGGCCGGCAUGCGCGUUGUUCCCUCCUAAAUCACAGGGCUUCCUUCCAUGGCAGAGUUUCAGCACCGGCAGGAGAGCCGAACGGGCAUGUGGGUUCUGAGCGAUUGUCGCAUUCUUUGCCUGGAAGCCCAGCAGACCGCCGGCCGACGUCCUUUGAGGUGGUGGGUUCGGCGGAAAGCCUUGUUGGGAGGAUACUCGUCGAGCAAGGUUUAGGGAAGUACUGCGAUCCGGAUUUCGUGCGUAAUACGUCAAAGGAGAUGCAGGAAGCGCUAGAUAUGACGCAGGAGGAGAUGGACCUAGCAGCUCACCAGCUCUUGCAGCAGGAGCGUCGCAUUCACGCGCAGGCGCCCACAAUCGACGCUCUGCAUCCACAGUUAUAGCAGCUCCCACCUCCAUACAGCCUCAAGGUCUCCUAACCCUCCCGCCACACUACCAAGUGCCUAAUUCAUUUCUUCUGGUCCAAAGAAGACUAAAUAUAAUAAUAACGUGUAGUUUUUUAACCUGGAUUUUACUUAAAAGGGAUUGUUUCUCCAGUUACCAAAUCCCAUGUAAGGGGUGUGAGAACAAAUAAGAACUGUCAUUACAAUUUUGUAAUAUCAAAUGUGUCAAACUAUUAUAAAUAAAAUAAAUCCUACUUCUCAUUUA